AUGAAAAAGGAAAGAGUCAACGGAAAUGUAAAACUGUGUAACACCCGCGAUGAAAAGGCCCUGAUGUCUCUUACAGGGAGGCCUGUCUGUCCUAAUAGCUGGAGGGAGAUUAGAGGCAGGUGUUAUUUUCUGUCCAGUGAGACGAGGUCCUGGAACAGCAGCAGGGCGUUCUGUCAGGACCAUGGAGCUGAUCUGGUGGUGAUCAAUGAUGAACAGGAGCAGAGGGAUCUCUAUGCAAUGGAUGGCAACCCUAAUCUGCUGUUCUGGAUCGGUUUGUAUGACGAUACCAGCAAGGGGACUUUCAAAUGGGUGGAUGAUACUCCUCUAACUAGAGCAUAUUGGCAGGUUGGACAACCAGGUGAUGGUGGACUGAACAAUCAGGAAAACUGUGUAGAAAUGUACCGCCAACACCCAGUGCUUUUCAGUUGGAAUGAUGCCCCCUGUGAACAUUCACGGCAAUGGAUCUGUGAGAAAGCAGCACAUCAGUGA